GUGGAGGAUGCUGACACAAACCCUUCUCUUGCUUUUCUUGCUGCAGCCACUUCCUGGGAUCAGCUCAAAGAAUGGAAGAAACUGGUACACAGACUGCUUGAGUUAUGACCCACCAACCCAUGAGAAGACCUCAUUUCCGACGGCCGACAAGUCGGUUAAAGGCCUUUCUGAACACCAGGAAAGGAAUCUCUGGGCCAGUUGCUUACUUUCCUUGGACAGCUUGCUGACUGUGAGAGCCAGGAAGAACAGGGGCUUUCAUCUUUGUAACUGCAGCCUCUGCCUUCUCCCUGAUGGAGUGCAAACUGGGGUCUGUGCUGAUCGUGUGCUUCUUGUGAGUGAUGAGGGGUCGGACUGGCCUCCAUGUGUUUUGAAAGGAAAGGCAGAAGACAUGGGAUUCAAGAACUCAUCCUCAUUGGCUUCGUGGGAGAAGAACAUUUUGAAGACAACUAGUAAAGCAAUGUUAAAUUGUGUCCAUGGAAAAACACCAACUUCUCCAGAUUGGGAUAACAGUACCGGCAGCCCUGACAGCGCUCCACCUGGCACUCGCCAGACCCUCAGUUUCUCAGCUUCGGAAUUGGAUCCUAAGAAGCUCUACCCCAUCACGCUGUGUCUUCCUGGGACCAUCCCAUCACAAGCUCCUCUAAGCAUGGCGAAUCCCGUCACCCUUCAGUUACCGGAAACUGACACACAAAAUCUGGGAUUCCACAUUCAAAUGGCUUCUGGAGCAGCACUUUGUCUGGUGAUUGACUUCGGGGAUGGUUCGGUGGUUCAAAUGAGGAUCCGAAACGUGUCUGAGGAAAUAGUGGUUACAGCCUGUCACCAGUACCGGAAAGAAGGUGUCUAUGUGUUCAAAGCAGAUGUUUAUGAUGGGUUUUAUGGAAACAAUGUGGAGCUUGGACCGUAUUAUGUGGAAAUUGGCCAUGGGAGCAUAUCUGUAUUCAUGAAUUCCAGCAGCAUCCACGAGGAUGAAGUUCUCAUCUCUGCUGACUCCCAUAUAGAUCAGAAAAGCACUGUUGUUAUGCAUCAUUUUCCCUUCAUCUCCUCAUAUAAUGUGUCCUUUACUUCUGAAAACCAAGUGGGUGGCAGCAAAGUUUGGUCCAGCAUGACUGUUUGGUAUAAGAUGCAACCUGUUUCUGUCUACACAAAUGGAACUGUGUUUGCCACAGAUAUAGAUGUUGCUUUUGUGGCUGUUACCAAGGAAACAAGUCCUCUGGAGUUUGUAUGGCACUUUGGAGAUGAUCCACCAGUGAGGACAACCUCGAGAAGCAUUAAAAGAAGAUUUGGCAUCCCCCAAAGGUAUCUUGUGAUGGUCAAGGCUUCCAAUGGGAUCAGUAGCGUGGUCUCUGAGCCUCACUCCAUCAGUGUACAGAAGAAAAUCGUUGCCAAUCGGCUCAUGUCCACCUCCUCUGCUCUGAUAAAUGCCAGUGUGGUCUUUGAGUGUAGAAUCAACUUCGGCACUGAAGUUGCUUACCUGUGGAACUUUGGGGAUGGCACCAUCCAGCUGGGUAAUAGCACCAACAGUCAUGUCUUCAACAGGGAAGGCGAAUUCACAGUGGAGGUCCUUGCCUUUAAUAAUGUCAGUGCUGCCUCCCUGAGAAAGCAACUCUUCAUCGUGCGGGAACCCUGCCAGCCCCCUCUGGUGAGAAACCUGGGGCCCGGGAAGGUCCAGAUAUGGAGGUCUCAGCCUCUGGAGUUGGGAGUGAUGUUUGAAGCUGCCAUCCUCUGUGACAUUUCCCGAGGCAUUUCUUACACCUGGAGCUUUGUGAGGUCUGAUGGGUCCCCUGUAACCUUGCCUCCUGCUGUCGACUGUCACAGACAAGCCAUCGCCCUCCCUGGCUACUUUCUAGAGUAUGGAAACUAUACUGCAGUUGCUAAGGUUCAAAUCGAAGGCAGCGUGGUGCACAGUAACUACUCUGUGGGGGUGGAGGUGCGACCCAGGGCCCCUGUCAGCGUGAUCUCCGAGGGCACACACCUCUUCAUCUCCAAGACCCCCUCCUCCACCAUCGUCCUCAGUGGGUCCCAGUCCUACGACCCUGACCAUCCCGGGAUGACUCUCAGCUACCACUGGAGAUGCACUCCUGCCAGUAAGCCUGACCGCCCGUGCUUCAAUGCCUCCCCACCAAGCCAACUGGAUACCAUGGCUCCCAUCAUCUCCUUUGCAGCAAAAGAUCUCAGUAGCAGCUACGACCAGUUCCUGGUGACACUGAUCGUCUCCAACGGCGGCUGGAACUCUUCAGAAGCUCAGGUGUUCCUCUCCAUCCGCUCUGACUCAGUGUUCAGGUUUGUCCAUAUUUCCUGGGUCAACUUUAAAACCAUCUUUGUUAACUGGAAUGAAGAACUUUCUCUUCAAGCCGUAUGUGAAAACUGUGAUGGAGUACCUAAUCUCUCUUAUACCUGGGAUCUCUUUUUAGUCAACGCAACUGAAAAGAAUAGCAUGGAAGUCCCUUUUUGUAGAUCAGUAGAGUUGCUGGACUCAAGAUUUGAUGCCAUUUUGAAGCUAUCAGAGUCAAAUCCACUGUCUGCAGAGUCCAGCAUGGCAGUAUCUGCACUAACAGCGACACCAUUCUCCUGGGAGACCUCAUGGAAGCCCAGAGGUCCACCUGCCCUUUCAGCCAUGAGGAGGCCCUCCACGGGGUCUACAGCUGGUGAGCUUCAGAUUCCUGCUGCAGGCAACACUUCAGUCCAAGAGGAAGCUCCUGGGGAAGCACCAGUGAACCCUGAGAGAGCAGAGCCCUCAGGGAGCUCACCCACUCCCAGCUCUUCCUCUUACCUCUCUGAUUUUGAAGCUUACUAUAGUGACAUACAAGAAGCCAUACCAUCAAAGGGAAGACAGCCAGGGAACAAGAGCCACCUUCCAGGAUCAGAACCAGGUGAAAGUGCUAAUGGAAAUCCCAGCGAUGGCGACAACAUCAUCGAUCCAUUCCACUCCACUGACAUAGCCAUACCUUCCCUCAUGGUUGACUGGUCCAAGUCCCUGAUUAGCCAAGCUACUUUUCAAGGUUAUACCUCAUCAGGCACCACGGAACAAACUGUGACGGUAAAGCCAUUUUCACUGCGUAGUGGGGAGACGUACGUCAUCCAAGCUUCUGUGGCCUCAAAACAUGGCUUGCUAGGUAAAGCUCAGCUGUACUUGACAGUCAACAAAGUUCCACAGGAUGUGACCUGCCAAGUGCAGCCCCAUCGUGGCUAUGAGGCUCACACGCUCUUCAGUGUUUUCUGCAUGUCAGGAAAACCGGAUUUCCAUUAUGAAUUUAGUUACCAGAUAGGAAAUGCCUCCAAACGUACUUUGUUCCAUGGGAGAGAUGUCCAGUAUUAUUUUGCUUUGCCAGCUGGUGAACCAUUGGAUAAUUAUAAAGUCAUGGUUUCCACUGAGAUCACAGAUGGCGAAGGCUCCAAGUUACAGCCCUGUGCGGUGGCGGUGACUGUGCUGCCCCGUUACCAUGGCAGUGGCUGCCUGGGCGAGGAUCUAUAUAAUUCCAGCCUGAAAAAUCUCUCUAAUCUCCUGCUGAUGGGAAGUUAUACAGAAACCAGGAACUACAUCACCAUGAUCACCAGGAUUCUGAGUCAUUUGGCAAAGGAAAGCAGAAGUCCCUUGUGUGGCCAAUGGUCACAAAUUCAGGAUGCAUUAAUUUCUUCAGUAUGCAAAUUAACUUUUGCAACUCAGAAAGAAAUGGUCGAUUCUGUUCUUAUGUUGAGUGACCUCAUAAACUUCCCUAAUAAGGUAACCUUCGCGAGUGCAGUUCUCAUCCUUAAAUACACUCAAAUGCUCCUUUCUCAAAGCCAGUUCUCUGGGAAGUUGGUGAUAGACAGAGGACUGAUGUUUGAACUUGUCCUUCUUGUAUCUGGAGUCUUGAAAGUAUUUGACCAAGAAAAAUCUAGGAAUGUGGUCUAUUUGCAAGAGGAUGGAAUUAAGGUCAUCUCAGAUUUGUUGUUAAGCUAUCUCUCUUCGAGUAACGAGCUUCAGCUCCAUGUGGGCACUGAGCAGAUGGAAUUCCAAACCGAGAUCCAUCUUGACCUUCAGAACUCGAUUCAGAGCAUUGGGCCUCUCAGGGUUCACUUACCAGGUGAUCUCGCCAGGCUCAGUCCUGCUGGGACAGAAACUCGGAGCACAUGCUAUAUUAGCCAACUCAUCCUCUUCAGAAAGAACCCAUAUCCAGGGGGAAGAGCUGCUGGUCAGAUUAAUGGAGCCAUUGGCCUCAGCCUCUAUCACUGCACCAGCAGAAGACUCAUCAGCAGACGAUGGUUAAAGACACCAGUGACUGUGGAGUUUGGCGAGGAAGAUGGCCCAGAUGAUCGGAGAAAUAAAACAAUGUAUAUAUUGCGUCAGAAUAAAGUGAAUUUUCAUCGGUUCAUUGGAAUUUCUGAAAAUUCCCUGGAAUCUCUGCAGAUAAGAAUUGAAUUUUCUAAACCCAUCACAAGAGCAUUUCCCGUAAUGUUGCUAGUAAGAUUCUCCAAGAAACCUACUCCCUCUGCCUUUCUUGUGAGACAGAUCUACUUCUGGGAUGAACAAAUUGCGCAGAUUUAUAUACCUGCUGUUUCCUUGCAAGUUGCCAGUCCAGGUUAUUUAGCCUUAUUAGAUGCUGACUAUGACAUAAAACCUCCAAACAAAUAUUUAGCUAAGGCAGUGAACUAUACAGUACAUUUCCAGUGGAUCCAAUGCCUGUUAUGGGAUAAGAAAGAGUGGACAUCUGAAAGCUUCCCUCCACAACCAGGAACUUCUCCAGAAAAAGUUAACUGCAGCUAUGAUCGCCUCACAGCGUACGCAGUCCUGAGAAGAAAGCUGAAUGCCAGUUUUGAAAUGAGUGACAUUUUCGAGUUGCAGAGUCACACAGAAAACCUGCUUCCCAGUAUUUUUAUUGUGUUUUUAAUGAUGCUCUAUGCAUUUUUGGCUACUCAGAGCAAAUGUGUAGAUCGUCAUGAAAAACAGAAAAUGGGUUACAUUUUUCUACAAGAAAACGCUCCAUCAGACCAGCAGCUGUAUGCAGUUGUUAUUGACACGGGCUUUCGGGCUGCAGCCCAGCUUAGUGCAAAGGUUUACAUCAUUUUAUGUGGUGAAAAUGGACUUUCUGAAACCAAAGAACUCUAUUGUCCAGAGAAACCUCUGUUCGAAAGGAAUUCCAGGCACACCUUUAUAUUAAGCGUUCCUGAGCAUCUAGGUCCUCUUCGGAAGAUCCACCUGUGGCACAACAGCUGUGGCCCCUCUCCAGACUGGUACAUCAGCCACGUGAUGGUGAGAGAGCUGCCCACCAGGCACAGCUGGUUCUUCCCCGCUGAGUGCUGGCUGGCGGUGAGCCACGGCGAUGGACGUGUGGAGCGGGAGCUUGUGUGUCUGCGCCGCGGCCUGGGCUUCUGGAAGCUUUUGUAUUCGAAGUUCACUGAGUAUCUGGAAGAUGUCCACGUGUGGAUCUCUGUGUACAGCCGGCCCUCCCACAGCCGCUAUCUGCACACCCCGCGGCUCACGGUCUCCUUCUCCUUGGUGUGUGUGUACUCGUGUCUCACUGCUGUGCUCACAGCUGUGGAACAGGAACAGCUCCCGUGGGGUGUUGGCCCUGCUGACGUCACUCUGGGACCCUUCGGGGUAGGUCUCCUGUGCACUCUCCUGGCCUCCCCAGGCGCCCUGCUUUUGUCACUGCUCUUCAGGCUCAGCAAGGAAGCCAUCGGGCCUUCCCCGGAGGGGCCCUGGGGCUCCCCAGGAAGACUGCAGAGGGAGGCAACAUGGGCACCCAGCAGCAGGUUUGAAGGACCUGCUCCCCUGCUGCACAGGCUGUUUCCGCCUUGGCCCGGCUCAGUGGCCUGGGCCGUUUGUGGGAUGGUGUCCAUUGCCUGUGGUUUGGGAACAGGAUUUCUAGGAUACAGGUUUGACCCGGAGCAGUGUGGACAGUGGCUGCACUUGCUGGGCCUCUCCGUGGUGUGCUGUGUUUUCCUCACCCAGCCACUGAUGAUAUGUUUUAUGGCUCUGAGUUUUGCUUGGAAAAGGAAAGACGACAAUGACUUUUUUAAUGAGUCUUUGCAAGAUGCCACCAAGAAUCUGGAAUCUGAAUUGGAGCAACUUUCUUCAAACUGUUGCAUUCCUGACUAUGCAAGUGAAUUUGAAAAAAUCUUCGCUGCCCGACAACGAGCCCGACACCUUCGCUGGGUCCGUCCACCCUCUGCGGCCCAGCUCAGGGUAGCCAAGGAGAGGACAAGAAAAGAGAAUCGGACACAGGCUGCACUGAGAGACAUUUUAUGGAGCAUCCUUAUGCUGCUUCUGCUACUGUUUAUAAUAUAUGGGAAGUUCUCCCAGGAUGAGCACUCUGUCAAUCAAGCUAUCAGGAAUGAAUUUACAAGAAAUGCCAGAAACUCCUUCAGUGGCCUGAGCAGCGUGGAUGAUUGGUGGGACUGGAGUCUGACCACGUUGCUGGACAGCCUGUACUGGGAGAAUCCUUCUCAAGCCGACAUGCGGGGGUCUCAGUCUCUAGCUCUUGGAGGGAAAUUCUAUCUAAUAGGCACUUCAGUAGUUAAACAGCAAAAAGCUUCUCCUAAUAGUGUACUCAAGCUUCCCAGCCCAUCAUCAGCUCUUACUGAAGACUUUCUUUCUGCAUGUAGCCCCCAAGUCUCCAGGAUAGACCCAGAGAACCAAAAUGUGACCCCGGGAGAUGGUGGGGGCUGCAGGGAGAGGGAGGAUGGUGCGCUGAUUCUGGGCAGAACAAGGUCCCAAGCCCGCAUGGCCCUGGCCCACCUAAGGGCCAGCAGAUGGGUGGACAGAGGCACCGGGGCCGUGGCAGUGCACUUUGCCCUCUAUAACCCUCCAACCCGAAGCUUCAGCAGCGUGUGCCUGAGGGCGGAGAUCCUGCCCACCGGGGGUCUCCUCCCCUCCUCUGUGGUGGAGACAUUCGGCGUCUUCCACAGUGACUCGGCCCUGAGGUACCCCCACGUGUUCCCUGAGCUGGUUUUCCUGGCACUCAACCUGAUCCACGUCUGGUUUCAUCUCUACCUUAUGACUGAGGAGGGCAUCCUCAACUACUGGCGAAAACCCAGCAACUGGCUGGAGCUCUCUGUGGUUGGAAUGGGCCUUGCUUACUGCACAGCCUCCAGUUAUCUCGUUGUUCUUUCUGGGGAAGCCAUGGACCAGAUCCGUAAAGGACUUUUUCGAGUAUUUAUGGACCUCAGUCUUAUUGCGUCAUGGAAUCAGAGGACACGGUGGCUCCAAGGAAUCCUUUUAUUCCUCUGGAUGUUCAAAUGCAUUUAUCUUCUUGGCCUUCGAAAAACAAUGGCUUCUUGCUCUUUGACAAUUCACCGUUUAAUCUCCAGCAUUAUUGCACCAGGGCUGGCUGGCGUCCUGGUGCUGACCGCCCUCUCGCACCUGCACAGACUUCUGCUUUUCUUCACCCAGCCUCUACCAACCAGCUCCUUUGUGGACUCCGUCCCCAGGCUGCUGUCUCCUCGUCUGGGAAGGAGCCCAGGAGAAGCAUUCUUUGGCCUUUACGAGUCUAGCCAGCGUGCCAUGGCUUGUUACUACGGGGCCUUUUGUACGGUAACGGCCAUUUUGUGGUUUGGAAUGCUGAAAGGUUCCCUCCUGACUUUUGCCAGAAAAAGAAAAUCUUCUCGAAGUAAAGACCUUGUGAGUCUUAAAGAUAUUACUACUUAUGUAUGGGAGAAGACCCUCACCUUUCUAGGACUGGAAAGGCCAACGUUGGAAGACACUAAAAUGGUUGAGAAUCAUAAAUAUUACCUGGAAGAAUUUUCAAAUCUGUUAGAUGAGCUGCUCUUGAAGAUUAAUGGUUUGUCCAACAGCCUACAACUCCCUUCUCUAGAAAAACCACCCAUCAGUACAGCGGAGGCCAGGACAGGAGAUAAUCCUUCAGUGGUUACCUCUGAUUACCACGCUACUGGGGUGAAAGUUCCAAGGCCUGAAGUCAUCCAAGAUUGUCUCGUGGAUGGACAUCCUGAAAAGCUCUGAUGUCUACCUCACAAGGUUCUAACCUCGUCUGUGGACUCCACAGAGCCCAUGUUGCAACUUUCUAUUGUACUAGGACUCAGAGGGGCCCUGGAGGGCAGACCCUCCAGCAUUUUAGAUUCUAUAAAGGGGUGUGCUGGUUUGAAUGUAUUAUGUCCCCCAGAAAAAGCCAUAUUCUUUGAUGCAAUCUUGUGGGGCAGACAAAUUUGUGGGGAUUAAGGUGGAAC